AGGGUGAGAGUGGAACGUGUGUUUCAAUAAACCUGGUCUGUGGCUGUUGUUGGUGUGCUUGUUGGAUGUGUGGUCAGUUUAGACAUAUACAUGAUUAUUUUCUCUUAUUAUGACAAAGGAACGUUAUUUUUAUUUAAAGCUCUAAUUUGCUAGCGACCAAAACCUGAGGAAGAGACAGUUGGUUUGCUUUGUUUUUAAGGUUAAGCAUCUUUAGUUAGCAAGCUAAGUUGUCUAAUUUGCAGAUAUUAGCAAACGUUCCAGUGUUUUGAAGAUGUCUACGGGCUGUCAGAAGACUACUGUUAGUAAGGCCAUUCCGACCAGACGGGUGACCAUAAAUGACGCGGCGCACAUGCCUCAUGACUACUCCACAACCCCCGGAGGAACUCUGUUCAGCACCACCCCUGGAGGUACAAGAAUUAUCUAUGAUCGAAAGUUCCUGUUGGAGUGCCGCAGCUCACCGCUGUCUAGGACUCCCCCGUGUACUCUGAUUGACAUUCCAGGGGUCACCAGUCCACCUUUCAAACACAUCAACAAUGCCCAUACCGGAGAACCACUCAACAACAACACUGCACCGGCUGAAAAGAGCACUGGGGACGACGCACAGUUUGAAAUGGACAUCUAACUGGUGGAAUAAGCAUUCCAGAGGGAGGUGAACCACUUCACUUCCUACCAUGACGCUUCAGACGAGGGACUUGGAGACACCAGUCAAUGCCCUACAAUAUUGUCAGCAUCUGUUUACACAUCUGCCUAUUAGUUUAAGUUUGUUAACUUUAAAUAUCAAUAUUAUUGGUGAAAUCUGCUCAAAGUAAUUCAGGAUUUUGAAUGUUUUACUAUCUUGAAUCACCUCUGGUGCCUUUCUCUUGUGGAGCCAGCUGCAACACUGAAAGACUGAUUCAGAGGAGUGGUAAAGAAUAAGUAUAUUUUUUAUUUUCAUGCUUUAGGAUUGUUUUGUCACUAAUCAUAAUCACCUUCAAAAUACUGUUUUGCAGAUUUUCAAAGGAAUGUAAAGCAUGUUUUUGAUGCUUUUGUUGCUGAAAUUUUGAGACAGGAAAGUAAAUGGUUUUGAAAUGGUUUGUAAGAAGCAAUAAAGCAAGG